AAUUCUGAGUCUUAAAAACUGCCAACCUCCACCAAAGUCCUCUAUAAACGCCUCCUAUUGGCGCCUCCGAGGAGGUGAUCGCUGUCCCAGCUCUGACAGGUCCAACAGAGCUGGACAGGCUCCACGUCCGUGCGAGCAGGGGUGGCUCCCUUCUUCCCUUACCCGGGGCCGUAGCAUACAGCAGGCCAUUAAUAAAUGUUGGGCUAAAUUUGGCCAGGUUCGUUCCCAGAGGUAAGCCGUUGCUGCGGCCACGAGAACUCAGGGCCCCAGUUUAUCUGACCCAGGGCUGAAGGAGGUGCCCGGGGACCCCAAAGGUCUGAGCCGGUCGUAUCUGCACACAGCCGGGGCUUAACCUUUUCGCGCUGAUCCAGGGCAGAUGUGGUAUUCAGCAGGCGCUUCACAAGGUUCAGAUCUGCAUCCCAAGGGGCUCAGGCACAGGAAGCUGAAGACUCGUGUAAAGGCGGACGGUUGGGCGGGGGCCUUGGAAAAGGCGGGGCCUGGACGAGGUCCUGGGUUCCAAUCCUGCCCCUCCUACCUCUCUGCGCCUCAGUUUCCUGCACCUACAAGAGGUGCACCUAUGAGCACGUUACACUGGAAGUUCUCUGAGGGCAGGGGCUCUGAUUGCCUCCUCAAGCACAGGAGCACGCGUCUGGCUACAUGCAGUUUGGGGUGGGGCUAGGGGACUCGGCUCGGAGCCCCCCCAACUUUCUUCCCACUUGGGGCCUCAGUUGGCCUACCACGCCCCAGGUACGCAGGCGCGUACCUCCCUGGGAGAAGGCCGCCACGGGGUUAGGGGUCAGGGGGCGGGGCGAGGCGCCGGGUUUGCGCUCGGCAGAGCCACCAUGGCUCGCGUGUUGGUCGUGGGCGCGGGGCUCACGGGCGGCCUGUGCGCGGCGCUGCUGAAGCGGGGACGUCCCGUGAGCGUGGCGGUGUGGGAGCAGGCGCGCGACUCAGGGGGAAGAAUGACCACAGUCCAGAGCCCCUGUGACCCCCAGUGCAGGGCGGACCUGGGGGCUCAGUACGUGACGCGCACCCCCCAUUACGCCGGGCAGCACCAGAGUUUUUAUGAUGAGCUCCUAACCCAAGGUGUUUUGAAGCCACUCACCUCUCUUAUUGAAGGAAUGGUAGUGAAAGAAGGGGACUGCAACUUCGUGGCACCUCAAGGCAUCUCUUCCAUCGUGAAACAUUAUUUAAAAGAAUCAGGGGUGGAAGUCUCAUAUGGGCACCGUGUAACUGAAAUCUACCUUAAAGAUGACAAGUGGGAAGUCCACAAGGAAGUGGGAGGCUCUGAGCUGUUCGAUAUCAUCAUUCUCACGAUGCCUGUUCCCCAAAUCCUUCAACUCCAGGGCGACAUCAAGAACUUAAUUAGCGAAAGUCAGAAACGACAACUGGCCUCGGUGAGGUAUUCCUGCCGUUUCGCUCUGGGCCUCUUCUAUGAAGCUGGCACGCAUAUUGAAGUCCCCUGGGCUGCCCGGUACAUCCUCAACAACCCCUACAUAUGCUUCAUCUCCAUCGAUCAUCGGAAGCGAGACGUAGAUGCAGCGGACUCGGGCCCCUCGGUGGUCGUCCACACCACCACCUCCUUUGGGAUGGAGAACUUGGAGAAAAGCACUGAGGAUGUUCGGGAUGUGAUUCUGCAGCAGGUGAGCUGUGUCCUGCCGGGCCUGCCCACGCCAGCCAGCACCAUGUGCCACAGGUGGACGUACUCUCAGGUGACACAGGCCAUCCCCCACUGCCCAGGACAAAUGACUCUUCAUCACAACCCCUUGCUGGUGUGUGGAGGUGACAGCUUCACUCGGUCCAACUUUGACGGGUGCCUGGAAUCCUCCCUAUGUGUUAUGGAGGCCCUAAAGCCUCAUCUGUAGAGCCCACAUCACUUUGACUUUUCUCUCAUGGCCCCUACUUGGGAGUCUAUUCUUUGGUCCUCAGAAUUUUUUUUCUACUUUAUUGAAUAAAAUUCCAAGGAAGUUGUCCUUCAUUUACCCACAUUUACCAUAUUGAAUAGAAAUGGUAUAAGGAUUUUGGCAGACACAGACAGCUACCUGUGUUGGAGGGAAACCCCUCCCAUCUUUUGUAUUUCAUGGCUUUUCUCAGUGAGCAACGUGGUUCCUGGUUGGUGGCAAGAUGGUGACUGAGGGGGAUAGAGCCAUGGAGUCAUCUGCAGUGGGAAGAAGGAAAUCCUUCCAGCCCCAGGCUGUUUCCUUGCAACACUGUGGUUCAGAAGCCAUUGAGCCCCCAAGUCUGUGCCCUCUUGGAAAUGAGUUCUAAUAGCUGCUUUUCUUGCCCGUUAUAUGUUAUCAUUUCACAAGCCUGUCUGGGAUAGGAGCACUGAGGUCUUUCCUAGUUGUGGUUUCUGAGAUUCAGUUUCAGUUUAGCUCAAAAUGCCACAGUUUUUUUUCUUUGGCC